UAAGAGAAGAUCGGGCCCAGCUUCUGAAUUAGGGGUGUCGGCCCAUGAUCCAACUCAAAUUGACCCAAAAAUCUGGGACUGAAACUCUGGUUAAACAUGCCAAAUCUGGGCCCAGAUCUGAGACGGCCUUGAGAGGGAGGGAGAGAGGAUAAAACUUCAUCAGUUUCCCAGGGCCUGGGUUGAGAUGAUCCGUCGAGGAAAGCCUAGAGAUUGAUGGCCGGAGUCAAUUUUGCGCAAGGAGACAUUGAGAGAGACGACAGAGCGACCCAUCUUUGUGUAGCUAAAGCUGCGUGGAUGAAACGAGGUAAUUCAUUCAAACAUUUCAAAUUUGAUUUGAUUUGAUUUUACCCUUUUCAUAGCCGUGCUGGUGUUUUUGUCGUGUUAAUGGUUUUCUAUGGGUGGUUAAAUCCUUUUUCCUCCUCCGAUUAGGAGGAGUUGCUACCCUACUCUGCCUCUUCUGUUUCGGAUUCGGAUAGCAACAAAUAUAUAUAAAUGAACUGACUUUGAUGUAUUCCAGAUUCCGGCAUCUUUUGAAAUUGGGUCAAGGUUCCCACUGAAUCAGCCAUCCAAUCUAGCGUAAGGUUUGAAGCCGGCGAACAUGAUGAUGAGGGGAAAACAAGACAGAGCAGAAGAAGAAGAAGCAGAGGAGGGUUAUGCUUGGAGUGAGUUGCCCGGGGAGCUAUUGGCUAUAGUCGACCAAAGGUUGAUUAAAUUACGACACCGAAUCCGCUUUCGAGCAGUUUGUAAAAGAUGGAGGAAACAAUUGGCAGAGAUGCAGCCUAUAUUGUUCAAUCAAUCAUCUCUUUCGCCGUUGCUGAUGUUACCCUACUGCGGCAGCAGUAGCAAUUGCAGUGACUGCGAAGAUGCUGAUUGUGGUUGCGGCAUCCAGGAACAAGGCUUGCAAUGCCGUCUUUUCCUGGACAUGGCGGGCAACCGAUACCACCACAUUGAUUUUGUGGAAGGCUUCGAGAAAAUCUACUGUCGCGGAUCAGCAUUCGGAUGGCUGUUUAUGUUGCAGCACAUCCCUCUGUUACUAAACCCCCUCACUGGGAAGCAGAUCGCGCUCCCUCCCAUUUCAUCGUUUUCGGACAUGUUGGAGUAUAACCCGGAACGAGUUGGCCAUGAGUAUUUGGUCCAGUAUCCCAACGGCUGGAAAAUAGGAGCAGGCAAGAGAUAUUUGGAGUCCAUGUACAUGGAGAGGGUUGUAAUGUCAGCUGAUCCCGCUACUUCAAAGGAUGACUGCAUUAUCCUGGCCAUCCGGAAUAACAGUAAUACACGGUUAGCUUUCUGCAAGCCCGGAGCGGACAAAUGGACAUUGAUUCCCAAUCCCGAUGGCCACCCAUCGAUUUGCUUCAGGAACACUGUGUUCUGGAGGAACCAAUUCUAUGCUGUGGACACCAAGGGCAAGGUGCUGUGUUGUGAUCUAUCCAAUGAUGAUGCCCCCAGGAUGUCCUUUUUGGCUGCAGAUGUUGAUAUUGUCACUAAUACUUUCUACUUGCUCGUUGGUCCAGCAGAUGAGUUGAUGAUGGUUACCAGAUCCUAUGGCUAUGAAAGAAAUGAUAAUGCUGCUGCUGAUGAGGAGGAGGAUUUUGUCGAUGACGAUGAGGAUUAUGUCUAUAAUGAUGAUUAUGUCGAUGAUGAGAAUUACGUCGAUGAUGAUCAACACAGAGAAGUCGAUGAUCGUGAUGUGAGCGAUGAAGACAGACAACUUGAUCCGUUGGGUAUAGUUUACUUAACUGAUCUCGACUCAGAUGGUGAGGUGGAAAGCUUUGGAACUCAGAACUAUUGGACGACAGGUUUCAUGGUUUACAGGCUCAAUGAAGAUACACACCAAUGGGAGCAUGUCCGUGACAUUGGUGAUUUCGCCUUCUUCCUGGGUUUUAAUGCUCCUAUAUGUCGCUCUACCAAAGAUUAUCCGGGAUUCAAAUCGAAUUGCAUCUACUUUACAGAUGAUCAUUCAAGUGGACACAGAAGACGGAGGUUUGGAGGUCAUGAUAUGGGCAUUUACAAUCUUAGCAACGGUUCUGUUGAAUCCAUUCUCUCUUCGAACUUAUACAAACAUACUUUGAUUUGGCCUCCACCCGUAUGGAUUUUACCUUAAUUAUGAGUAGCUGAUUUAGAAACAUUGAAAGAAAUAAAACCCCCAACAUCUCAUUUACUGUUUCACUAGACUGCUUUUAUUAUUGUGCCUUUAGAGUUUAGACUCAUGUUUAUUGUCAAACGUCAGCUUAAUAGUGAAAGUAAGUCGUGAAUAUCGAUCUAUAGCGAAUAGACGGUAUAUAUAGCCCUGCUAGAUGGUGGCGUGGAGGGCAGAGUGGGGGUCAUUGUUCAAGUUAGGACAGUGAGAAGGGUACGGAGGUAGUUGAAGGUCAAUCAGUGCAAUGAACGAAUUGAAUGAUG